AUGUACGCGAACCAAUUGAGCAACUCGCCCUCGAGUUCGUCGUCGUCGGUCGACGAGGCCGAGAACACGGCCGACGAGGAGGACAGCGAGGACUACUGCAAAGGCGGCUACCACCCCGUUCAGGUCGGCGAGGAGUACAAGGAUGGCAAGUAUACAAUUGUGCGCAAGCUGGGCUGGGGCCACUUUUCCACCGUCUGGCUGUCUCGCGACAACACCACGGGCAAGCACGUAGCCCUCAAGGUUGUCCGCUCCGCCGCUCACUACACUGAGACCGCCCUCGACGAGAUCAAGUUGCUGAAGAAGGUUGUCGACGCGAACAAGGACCAUCCCGGUCGCGCCCAUGUCGUCAGCCUCCUCGACUCCUUCAACCACAAAGGCCCCAAUGGUGUGCAUGUGUGCAUGGUUUUUGAGGUGCUGGGAGAGAAUCUGCUGGGUCUCAUAAAGCGCUGGAACCAUCGCGGCAUACCCAUGCCGCUCGUCAAGCAAAUCACGAAACAAGUAUUGCUAGGCCUCGACUACCUCCACCGCGAGUGUGGCAUCAUUCACACUGAUCUGAAACCGGAGAACGUGCUCAUUGAAAUCGGCGACGUCGAGCAGAUCGUAAAAACAUACGUCAAGGACGAUCUUAAAAAGGACAGCGAGCGGAAUAAUCCAAAUGGACGGCGAAGGCGUAGAACGCUGAUCACCGGCAGCCAGCCGCUCCCUAGUCCCCUCAAUGCGAGCUUCAGUCACUCCGACUUGGCCAGCUUCCCCGGCAGCACACAGAGUCUCAAUAAGAUUGUGAGCGACAGCACCGGUAGUGAGUCACCUGCAACGCUGCGUCCGCCUACGCAAGACGGCAAUGUAAUGAGUGGCGGCACAGGCACAUCAUCACCCUCGGCCACUCUUUCCAUGUCAGAAAGACUUGGACUUAAGCCACCAGCAAGCGACGAAGACGUGCAGAAACAGCGCGAGAAGACUGCUGAUCUCCUAACGAAAGAAGUAUCGGGUAUAAGCCUGGACAAAUCAAGCGGCAGUUCCUCUAAGAAUGAGACGACCGCAGAGAAGCUUGCCGAAGACGUCUCUUUCGAGACUAUAUCAGUCAAGAUUGCAGAUCUUGGCAACGCGUGCUGGGUCGGUCAUCACUUCACCAACGACAUCCAGACCCGGCAAUACAGGUCUCCGGAGGUCAUCUUGGGCGGAAAGUGGGGUGCGAGUACCGAUGUGUGGAGUAUGGCCGCUAUGGUAUUCGAGCUCAUAACAGGCGACUACCUCUUUGACCCGCAAUCCGGCACAAAAUACGGCAAAGACGACGACCAUAUCGCUCAGAUCAUCGAAUUGCUGGGCGCCUUCCCCAAAUCCCUCUGCAUGUCCGGCAAAUGGUCGCAAGAAAUCUUCAAUAGAAAAGGCGAGCUGCGCAACAUCCACCGAUUACGCCACUGGGCGCUGCCCGACGUGCUUCACGAGAAAUACCACUUCUCGAGCGAGGAGAGCAAGAAGGUCGCAGAGUUCUUGCUGCCGAUGCUGGAGCUGCUGCCUGUGGAUCGGGCGAAUGCGGGCGGGAUGGCAGGCCAUGCGUUCUUGAAGGAUACGAAGGGGAUGGAGAGCGUGAGCUUGGACAUCGCAGUAGGUAGCAAAGGGGAGGGGAUCGAGGGCUGGGCGACGGAGGUGAAGAAGACGAGAUAG